AUGGAGGAAUCAUCCCGGCCCCCACUUGGAGAGAUAAGGAUUAUCGUUGGAGGGAACCCGAUGGGGCAAUCUUCCAAGUCGAAGAAGACGUAUCUCAAAGCGGUACAAAAUGUCCAGCUCUCUGGACGACCACCAAGGAUGAGAUUAAUGGACGAGCCAACCAUUUCCUUCACCGAUAAAGAUGCUGAGAGGAUCCAUCACCCGCACGACGAUGCGAUCGUCAUUACACUGCUCAUUGCAGAUUAUACAACCAGAAGAGUGUUAGUUGACAAUGGAAGUUCAGCAGACAUAUUGUACUACCCCGCCUUCCAACAGAUGAGGCUUGGACGAGAUCAAUUUCGUCCAGUAUGCUCGCCACUGAUAGGAUUUAGAGGAAUGAAGGUGCAGCCCGUGGGUACCAUUACAGUACCAGUGGUGGUAGGGUCAUACCCGCAACAGAUAACCAAGGAAGUCAAUUUCCUCGUGGUAGACUGUACUUCUUCAUACAAUGCCAUCAUUGGAAGACCCACUCUUAAUAGUUGGAAGGCGAUAACCUCGACCUACCAUCUAUCAGUCAAAUUCCCUACAGAGUACGGGAUAGGACAAGCACAAGGAGAUCAGUUGGCAGCUAGAGAAUGCUACUUAGCCAUGAUGGCUUUGGACGAACAGAUGCAGACAAUGAGCAUCGAGGAGAGAAGAGUUAUUGCAGAGCCCACGGAAGUGUUGGAAGAUGUUCUUUUGCAAGAAGAUGAUCCUGAGAAAUUUACCAGAAUUGGAACAGGUAUGAAGGAGAAGGCAAGAAAAGACCUCAUCCAGUUCCUGAGAAAAAGUAUCGACGUUUUUGCAUGGAGUCAUGACGACAUGCCAGGAAUCGACCCAAGUGUGAUCACUCAUCGAUUGAAUGUAUACCCCUUUUUUAAGCCUAUCCGUCAGAAGAAGAGGGUAUUCGCUCCCGAGAGAGACAAGGCAAUCAAGGAAGAGGUUCAAAAACUGACCACGGCAAAGUUCAUUAAGGAAGUCUAUUACCCGGACUGUUAUUCUCUGCCACGCAUUGAUCAAUUGGUGGACUCUACUGCUGGCCAUCAGUUGCUGAGCUUCAUGGAUGCCUUCUCAGGAUAUAAUCAGAUCAAGAUGGAUGAAGCCGAUCAGGAAAAAACUUCCUUCAUUACUAGCCAAGGCUUGUUUUGCUACAAAGUGAUGUCUUUCGGCUUGAAGAACGCAGGGGCAACUUAUCAAAAGUUAGUGAAUCAUAUGUUUCGUCCACAAAUAGGAUGGAAUGUGGAGGUUUAUGUCGACGACAUGCUUGUGAAGAGCAUAGACGAGGGAAGCCAUCUAGAUGACCUACAGGAAACCUUUGAAACACUUCGGCGAUAUAAGAUGAAGUUGAACCCAAGCAAGUGUGCAUUCGGAGUAUCAUUGGGAAAGUUUCUGGGGUUCAUGGUCUCGCAAAGAGGAAUUGAGACAAAUCCGGACAAGAUCCAGGCUAUAUUGAACAUGGAGCCACCGAAGAAUAUUAAGGAAGUCCAAUCCCUCACAGGACGAGUUGCCGCUUUGAACAGGUUUGUUUCGAAAGCCACAGAUAAGUGUUUACCUUUCUUUAAAGUCCUCAGGAAGGCAUUUGAGUGGACGGACGAAUGUCAAAGGGCCUUCCAAAACCUGAAGGACUAUCUCACAACUGCCCCAUUAUUAAGUCCAUCCGUGCAAGGAGAAGAACUGUACUUAUACUUAGCGGUGUCCUCACACGUCGUAAGUUCAGCUUUAAUCAGAGAAGAGGGGAAAAUACAAAAACCGGUGUACUACACUAGCCGGGCACUCAGAGGAGCAGAGGGAAGAUAUCCGCUCAUGGAGAAAUUGGCUUUUGCACUAAUAACGGCUUCUAGGAAGUUGAGACAUUACUUCCAAAUUCAUGUCAUCAAUGUCAUGACGGACCAUCUGCUUAAGAGGGCAAUGAACAAACUGGAAGCCGCAGGACGACUGAUUCAGUGGGCAGUUGAACUUAGUGAAUUCGACAUUCGGUACCAACCGAGAAAGGCAAUAAAGGCUCAAGCCCUAGUAGAUUUCAUCGCAGAAUUCACCCCAAGUUACGAAGACCUGGGGGAAGGAGAGUACAACAAAUGGGUCGUCCAUGUAGAUGGAUCAUCUACAUUAUAUGCUGGAGGAAUAGGAGUUGUUUUGCAGUCGCCAGAAGGGGACAAAUUGAAAUACAAGGCCCGUCUGCAAUACCAGACUACUAACAAUGAAGUGGAAUAUGAAGCCCUUUUAAAGGGGUUGGAACUGGCCAAAUCUGUAGAAGCAGACGCAAUACUUGUCAUGGGAGACUCUCAACUGGUCAUAGGCCAAGUCAAUGGAACAUAUGAAGCCAAGGAAGACAGAAUGAAGAAGUAUCUAAGGAAGGUAGUACGCCUUGUGAAGAAAUUCAAAAAAGCAGAUUUUAUUCAAAUCCCAAGGGAAGAGAAUAUGGAGGCAGAUACUCUGGCGAAGGAAGCAUCUGCGAAUGAGGCAUUGGACGAUAUAGAUGGUGUACACUACAUGCCAAGUAUAGACCUUCCAGAACUGAUGCAGAUAGAGGGGGAAGAAAAUUGGAUGACCCCAAUAGUGUCCUACUUAAAGGACGGAAGGCUUCCAGAAGAGAAGGACGAAGCAAGGAAGCUCAAAGUCAAGUCAGUCAGGUAUGUGCUUAUGGACGAGGUGUUAUACAAGAGAGGUUUUUCCCAGCCUCUCUUAAGAUGUUUGGCUCCGGACGAAGCAAGUUACAUUUUGAGGGAGGUUCACGAAGGAGCAUGCAGGAACCAUUCGGGAGCCAGAUCACUCGUCCAUAAAGUCAUCCGUAGCGGAUUCUAUUGGCCAACCAUCCAGGCUGAUGCUAAAGCAUAUGUCAAAGUAUGUGAUCAAUGUCAACGCUUCAGCAAUAUUCCCAGACAACCAGCAGAAUAUCUCACGCCAAUGAUGGCCCCUUGGCCUUUCGCACAAUGGGGACUAGACAUUUUGGGGCCCUUUCCGACUGGAACUCGGCAAAUGAAAUUUCUAGUGGUGGGAAUAGAUUACUUCACAAAAUGGGUGGAAGCCGAACCCUUAGCCAAAAUUACGCAGCAGAAUGUCAAGAACUUCGUCUGGAAGAACAUUGUAUGCAGAUUCGGAGUACCUAGAGUACUAGUGUCUGACAAUGGACGACAGUUUGACAACACACCUUUCAGGGAAUUUUGUGAACAGCUUGGAAUGAAGAACCAUUACUCCUCACCUUCCCACCCACAGGCCAAUGGCCAGGCAGAAGUAGCGAACCGAUCCUUGCUGAAGAUCAUCAAGACUCGGCUCGAAGGGGCAAAGGGAAAUAUGGCCGGAUGA